AUGGGCUUAGAAGAGCAGUAUGGGUUUGGUGCCCGGCUGUUAAAAAAGCUUGGCUAUGUGGAAGGACAAGGUUUAGGCAGCGAUGGGCGUGGACGAGCCUCUCCAAUCGAGGUUAACGCUGAGCAGCAUGGGACACAUGCAGGGCUUGGUAUGUUAUCCAAGAGAGCAACUGCUGAGGAUAUUGAUAUGCAUAUCACUUCGUCUAGCGAUGAGGGCCGCGAGGUGAAUGAGAAUGCAAGAGCUAGACCGUUGCAGUUCAAGAAAACCGAUGCUACAAAACCAUCUAGUGACAUCAUAUAUCAGAUAGAGGCGUUAGGUCUUCCAGUAGACGCCAAUGUACUGGCUAGACAUCCUAACGCAUCGACAAUUGUUGAAGAAUUGGUUACUAAACAAAGAACUUUGGAUGCUAUAGUUAGGAAAGUUGAAGUGGUGAAGCAAGAACUAGAUGAUGUAGAAACCCAAUUGAAUACUUUGAGAAAUCUGCAACAUUCCGAAAUGUCUUUGUUGGAUAAGAUUUCUGAGGUUUUAAAGCUUAAUAAUGAAACCAUAAUUGAUGAACUGGCAGCUAAAAUCUUGAAGGAUGAAUUACAGAAAUACAAUAACCUUUCCUUAAAAGAUGAUCGGAUAACAAAUACCCUAGAACCAGUUGUAGAAUUAUUGCAGUACGCUUUAGAGAGUGAUCCCGGCGCUCUCAAUAAGAACCAAACUCAAUUAUACCAAUGGCUUUGUCCCCGAAUUGAAGCGGCUAUUACAGAAAUUGAUUUCAAAAACUCAGAUUCAGUUGACAGUAUCAUUUAUAUCCUUGUGGAAUACGAACUGAUAUUAAAAUAUAUUAUGAUGUAUGAUAAGUUGAUAGACAAGUUUUUAAUGCCGAGACUCCUGGGCCUAAUCAAAGAGUGGGCUCCCGAAAGAAAUGGUAUCGAUCAUCAUUUCUACGAUUUUUAUAUUCUAUUGAAUCAGGAACAAAGGAAAAAGUUGCAAGACGCUCUCAAAGUUAUCUUUAGUGACUAUUGUUCAGGGUGGUACCACAAAGAUGCAUUUCAUUUUGAUUGCCAUUAUUUCAAAUUGAUUUUCGGUGAAACUGUAUUUUACAGUAUAACAGAAAAAAAAUUACUCCCAAUCAUGGUGAAGCAGCUAUAUGAAGAACAUUUUACUUUAGUAGAUGACUUGGAAGAUUGGUCUGAUAUAAAUCAUGACAGAGAAGGGCCUGCAUACUGCUUUAAGAAAGUCAAGGAAUUUGCCAAUUUUUUAACCAACACUCAAAUUACUACCAUAAUGAAGGGGAUGUUCAAUGAUAUAAGAAAGUUAGUGUUCCAAUGGUAUCUGUUCAGUGAACCAAAUGAUUGGCAAAAUUGCCAAAAUCUGAUACAUGAUUUUUUUAACAUUGUCUACGCAGAAGAGUCUAAAAUCUCAGAUUUUGAGAUAACUGAGUUAAGAGAAAUUUUAAGAAUGGGUACUGAAGUAGGGAAAUUAUCUACUGUCUGUUAUGAUAGGGAGUUUGAUAUCUUAAAGGAAUUGCAUUUGAAAAAAAGGGAAUUUAUAGAUCUCGAACGAGAUGAAAAUGACCAUCCCAACGUAAUACAGAUUGAUGAUUCUGAUGAGGAUAUGAGGGAUUCUGAUGGAUAUACUGUACAAGACAUUCCUAUCAGAAGGGUAGAUGCUACUUUCAAAGAAAUUCUUCAGCGUUACUGUGAAGAGAAUGGUUAUGAAAUGAUAAGGGACACUACAAAUUACACGCAACUUCCAUAUGGUAUCAAUGGCACUUCUUUGGUACCAAUUAUUACUAUUCGUAAAGGUACCAAAGCCAGGAAAGUUGCCAUUAAGGAUGACAUUUUAUGGAUUGAAGGACUAUCCGGAUAUAGACCAGAAUUUUUAUAUAAUUUAACCUUAUAG